AUGGAGCUCAUAUAUGUAGGUGACACCUGUGUGUCUCACUUAUUUUUCGUUGACGACUGUUUUUUGUUUUGCAAGGCUAAUCUAUCCGAGGUGAUAACUCUUACGGGGAUUCUUAAUACUUAUGCAGCGACAUCGGGCCAAGAGAUCAACCUUUUGAAAUCUGAGGUGUUCUUUAGCCGUAACUUAAGUCAUGCGGCCCAGAAGGAUCUGGCUAAAUUGUUGGGGGUGAGACAUGUUUUGGAUACAGGGUCCUAUAUGGGUUUACCUUCCAUGAUUGGUACAAGCAAGAAGGCAACGUUCUCUUUUGUUAAAGAUAGAGUUUGGAAGAGAAUUAAUUCUUGGAGCGGUAGGUCAUUGUCUAAAGCAGGAAAAGAAGUUAUGAUCAAAUCAGUCCUUCAAUCAAUUUUGGCUUAUAUCAUGAGUGUCUACUUGACUCCGGAUGGGGUGGUGAAAGAUAUUGAAAGAAUGCUGAAUUCGUUUUGGUGGGGAGGAGGGAGAAAUAAUAAGGGUAUUAGAUGGAUGGCUUGGGAUAGAUUGACUUCGCUGAAGAGUGAAGGAGGAAUGAGGUUUAGAGAUUUUAAAGCUUUUAAUAUAGUUGUGGUAGCAAAACAAGGGUGGAAUUUGCUGUCAAAACCCAAUUCUCUUGUGUCCAGGAUUUUCAAGGCAAGGUAUUUUCCUAGAUCCUCUUUUUUGAAAGUUAAGGUUGGUUAUAAUCUGAAUUUUGUGUGGAGGAGUUUGUGGAAGGCUAAGGAUGUGUUAAAGAUGGGGUGUAGGUAG